AAAAUGACUACUAAGUUUAUUAAUAUGCAUUCGGUGAAUCCUGGGCACUGAAAUUGAAUACGCAUCAAGGUUACUGCCAACGCAUUAUUUGGCGGCAUUACCAGUUGGACAGGAAACGUGAUUUUUCAGACAUUUUCAGUUAAACAAAAUGAAAGUAAAAGAGUUGGAACGAUUUGCUCAUUCUGCAUGGUCACCCCUUUCAUCUAGUCGUACUUAUUUAGCGACAAUCACUGCAGAGGAUAAUCGCCAGUCGAAUGAUUCAUUAACAGAUUCAAGUGUUCCAAUUCCUUCAGCUUUAGAAAUAUUUGAAUUUGAUGUUAAAGAGAACAAUUCGAUGUCUAUGCAAUCUAAUAUUAGUUUACAAAUUAAAGAGAAAGGUACAUGCUUAUUAUGGACAGCACCAAUAGGUGAUUUGGAGACUGGUCUUCUUAUUUACGGGACAAUUACAGGAAGUUUAUAUUUAUAUAAUAGUCAAAAAAUUAUUUCUACUUAUCAUCAACAUCAAAAAUCAUCACUGAUUGAUGAUAAUAAUCAAGAAAAUAUUAUUGAUUUUAAUGAGAAUACUGUUCAUCACCAUGUUAAUGGUGACCAGCACAAGUGGAAUACAACUAAGCCUUCUAUUACUAUUGCUGAGAAUGACUUAUCAAGCUUUAUAUAUACUUCACGUGAAAAUGUUCAUAAUGGAGUUGUGAGAAGUUUGGAUUUCAAUCGAUUUCAAACAAAUCUCUUCGCUUCUGUAUCUAACGACGAUGAAAUAUUUAUAUGGGAUAUUGAAAAAAUGGAACAACCAAUGUCACCAGGAGCAAAAAUACAACCCUUAGAAAAUUUGAAUAAAGUUGCAUGGAAUCCACGUGUUCAGCAUAUAUUAUGCACAACAAGUACUGGACGUUGUGUUAUAUGGGAUUUACGUAAAAGUGGACCAGUUCUACAAUUAACUAAAACAAUGUGUCAGCUAGAACCUCAAAUUAUGGCCUGGAGUCCAGAUGUUGCAACUCGUUUGUGUCUAACAGAUCCAAAUAAUCCCAAUGCUGAUAUACAGUUAUGGGAUCUUCGUUAUCCAAAGCAUAUGCUUGCUUUGCUUGGCCAUUGGCCACCGAUAGCAUCUCAUACAACUAGCCAACUAGCUGGCUGUCCAUUAGGCAAUGCUGGUACAGUGAAUUCAUUAUGUUGGGGUAUACCAGAGUGUCAAAAGUCAACAAAUAAUAAAUCACAUUUAUACGAUACAGAUAUGAUAAUGACAGUGAUUGGUGCUUCUGGGGCAUUACCUACAUUAAGUGGUACAUGUGGUACUAAGCUGAAUCCAACCUAUGCUGAAAUGUUAGUUGUUUGGAGUGUUGAUCAAGCGCUGAACUCUUCACCGGAUACUGAGACAUCUCAUGAAGCUACUCCUCAGCCGAUAUUUAUUAGUCGUCUAGAAGGACUAGAAGAUCAAGAGUUGGCUAGUGGAUUAUGCUUUAAUGAUUUGCCAACGAAUAUGUCAGUUCACUGUGUACCAAAUUAUCCAAAUUUACUGUGUGUUACACAAUCAGACGGUUGGAUAACUAUACAUAAUUUAAGCAGUGGAUUAACGCAUCAACAACAACCGCAACAUGAACAAGUCAAUGUUGAACGUUAUGCUAAACAAUGUAAAUUAGCACGAAAUUCUCAAAGUAUGCGUACAUCGCAUAAAGUAGCCGAAGCAUUCAAUGAUGGCGAGUCAUUGACUACAUUGGAUGACAAUAUACGCGGGAAUAAAGCUCUUAGUGAAUUCGAUUCAUUAUAUCCCGUUCCAAUGGAUAAUAGUGGAAUUACUGGCGGUGGUGGGAGUGGUUUUAUAGACGACCAACAGAUGGUUAAUCCAUUGAUUGAGCAAUUAUCAAAUGAUUCGAGUUAUUCUAUCAAACCGAUCAUUCAUACAAUUCCUCAGCCUAUGCCUCUGCUACGUGUUGCACCAUGUUGGUUAAAGAAGCCUUGUGGAGUUAAUUUUGCUUUUGGUGGUCGACUCGUCAUAUUCUCAUCAUUGUCUCAACUAUCAAAAAAGCGUACGCGUACUCUUAGCUCAAUGACACUAAAACGGGGUGAUCAUUCCAAGUCACCAGAAACAACAGCCAGUGGUGAACAUCAACAGUCUAUAACAAUCCCAUCAUCGGAUCAUCAGCAUCAGUCAAUUCCUGCCGAAUCACAGGCCUACUGUGUCAAUAUUAAAUGGAUUGAUCUGAGUCAACUUGAAUCAUCUGGUGAUAGUAGUAGUCAACAACUGGUUGACAACAAUUCAUCAACUCAAGAAUUCAUUGACUGUAUCACUAAUGCAUUGAAUUGUCCCAUGGAAUAUUUAUUAACAGUAUGUGAUAAGGCUAAACAAUUAUUACAAACACACAGUUAUCAAGAUUAUCUUGACUUAUGGAAUAUAAUACACGCUCGAUUGGUGGAACCGCCAUCUGUGAAACUAUCGCUAUCCAAACUGUUUGGUUAUGAUAAAUCUGAUUGUCAAAAUUUCAGUGGAUGGACAACUGACCAGUUAUUGGAGACCUUAAAAAGAAGUCUUGUUACAGGAGAUAUUUAUACUACUGUUCAGUUAUGUUUACAUCCAGACUUUGCAUCAUUGUCAUUGCCAAAUCUAUCUACACUGAGUGUAUUCGGUGUAAUGUUAGCUGAUUCACAUCAAACUGAUCAACCGGAAAUGCUUCAUGAAGUCCAAACAAAGAUAUUAACCAUGCUAAAUGAUUUCCCUAUCAAACAUACAGCUUCUUCAUGUCUGAAUUCAGUUAUCAUGUUGUUUAAUGGUGUAUUGUGUAAAAAUUGGUCGACUUUAGUGAGUAAUUGGCCUCUCAGCGAUUGGAGAACAAUUUUAUCAGCAAUCAUUAAUCAUUUAUGGGAUCAAGAUGUUGAGCUAUUCAAAAAUUUGUGCUCACUGAUUGUGAAACGUUUACUCAACAAUGCUGAUGAUGAUGAUGAGAAUGCUAAUAAGGAUAUGAAAGAAAUUCACAAAGAUCUUUCAUCCAAUGAAGCUGGAUUAGUAGCAUGUAUUUGUUGUAUUAUCAGUGGAAACUUAGAUGGCUUGACUCAAUGUUGGCUACGCCUAAAUAAUAUUGAUAUAAAUCAAUUAGAUGAUGUGACGAAAAUCCUGCCCUUAGCACUUCAACUGGUCCUUUUACACCGUGUAUCACAAACUAACAAUAAUUCUUGUCAAGAACAGUUGGAAUGUCUCCAGUCGAAUCAAUUAUUGAUGAAUCUUGCUAUCUGGUUAGCAGAUACAAGAGGUGGUGGUCAAUGUGAGAAUAAUUUAAUCCUUGCAUUGAAUUUAUUAACUAAAACAAUCUCAUCAUCAUCAUCCUUAAGUAAACGAAAUGAUCUAAUUGAUUUAAGACAUCGUCUUUGGUGUAAUUUAAGCGUUGAACAACAGCAGCAACAAUACCAGCAAUACUGUCAGCAAGCAUCUUUAUCUUCAGAAUUACAACAAUUCUUUCAAUGUCCAUAUCCGCAAACCGGAUGUCAUUGUGGUUUGUCUAAUCCGAACCCAUCACUUAUUAUGACUAAUAAAGCAACACAUCAAAAAGCCAUGCAUGCUCAGCAAUCAUCAAUGUCUACUAUCUUUUCAUCAUCAACACAGAAUCUUCCACCACAACCACACUUACACCGACAAGCGUCAUUACAACAACCAAUACAAUCUACCAAUAAUUUCUAUCCGCCAUUGCCAUCAGCAAAUAUUUCAAAUCAGCCAGUAUUUCCUUCUCAGGGAAUGCAGUUGCAACCGCCAUUACCACCUCCCCCACAACCAACAGCAGCGCAACAACCGCAACCAUAUUUCCCAUCGAAUCAAAAUAUGCCUUUUGAACAAUACCCUCCUGCUCCCCCUCCUCCUCCUCCCCCAAGUGCUUUCAGUCAUCCUUCUAUGCCUAGUAUUAUUGAACAGACGAAAAAUAUUCAGCUUAAUUCAAAUCAACAACAUGUAUCUCCUAUGCCCAAUGUAGUCAAGCCUCCUAUUGCAUCAUUAUCUGCCCCGAUGAAUACAAACAUUGGAAAUAAUAUACCAGCUAAUUAUCAAUCACCAUUUAAUAAUAUGCCUUCGUCUACUCCACAAUAUGGUGUACAACAUCAGCUGCAAUCACAACAGUCAGUACCGUUGCCGCCACCACCACCACCACCGGCCUCUCAUCAUCAUCAUCAACAGCAACAACAACCGUUACAACGUCGACAAACAUCUACUUCACCUGGUUGGAAUGAUCCACCAAUUCUAUCAAUGAAUAAACCACCACAAUCAGCUGUAUCACACAAUCCAUACUAUAAUCCUAUGGAGUUUACCAAUUCUAGUAUUUCUCAGUUGAAUAAUUCCCUAACACCAGGGGCAGGAUUCCCUAAACCUGUACAACCAAGUAUGCCUCCUCUGCCACCAUCUCUACAAACACCAGGAUCUGCUCUUAGUCAAGCAAAUGUGCCUUAUCCUUCAUCAUUGAAUAAUUCUAUCCCGUCAAUGAAUACAAGUCUACCUCCACUACAAGGACAACCGCAACCACAACUUCCACCAAUGCCACCAUCACAACCAUCAUUUGAACAGUUAUCAGCUGCAAAGACAACUCCUGUUCUGUCACCACCCCUUUCAGCAUAUCCACAAAUGCCAGGUGGAGGAGUAUACCAACAGUACCAACCGCAGCAGCAUCAACUACAACAACAACAACCAGACCCAUAUUAUCAACAAUUUCAGAGUACUCAGUUUUCACCUUCACCAUCAUCUUUGGCUCCACGACAAGCUUCAUCGACAUCAUCAACUAUCUGGCCAGCAGCACCUCCACUGUGUAGUAUGCCUAAGACGAGUAUAGAUUCAACUCCUUAUACUGAUAGCAAUAAUAUUUUAACAUCAAAUUCUUCUGCUGAUGGUGCUGUCAAUGGUAAUACUGUUUCACAGACUUCAAAUGUCAAUUCAGACACUACUACUACUACCACUACUCCUGCUAAUAGCAGUGGUAAUGACAUUUGCUUAUUACCGGAAGAAUAUAAUUCAAUACGUAAAGUACUAAUUGAUUUAAUAUAUAAUUGUCGUCAAACUGGAGGCAAACAAUAUCGUAAUAAACUAGAUGAUGUAGAACGUCGUUUAGAUCAAUUUUUCAAAAAUAUCUCCACUGGUACAUUACAAUUGACUGGUUCAACUUUUGAAUGUCUACAACAGUGUACCCUAUUAGCUGAACAAUUCAAUUAUGUUGAAGCAUUGAAACAAGUGAAUUUGUUAAUUCAGUCAGCUUUUCAAUUACCAGAUAUUCAGUGUUUCGGUCCAGCAUUAAAAAUAUUAAUGCAAACAGCUAAACAAUUAUAUCCAACAUCCUCUCCAACUUCUGCUGCUGCCGCUGCUUCGACUUCAGCUUCAAUGCCGACUCCACAAAUGCUGAUGAAUCAGUAUCCAAUUGUCUCUAAUCCUAUUCAUUAAUUAAUUAAUUAAUUAACAGGCUGAACAAGUGAAUAACAUUUCGACAACUACAAAAAUAAUAACAUAAAAUGCAUAAAGUAUGGUGCAUUACUCUCUGAUACUUACUUUUUUCUCUCUGACGUAGUCAUUAGAUAAAUAUACACCUACACACAUACAUUUCUGGACGAAAAUCUUGUUGUCCAACAACCGUCUCUUGUAAGCAUCCCUAUAUCAACUGUUUCUAUAACAUUUGUUAUACACUGGUGCUCUUUUGUCUACUAAAGCAUAUUUUAUGCACUCCUUUGUCUUUCGUUCUUUUCUACUUGGUUUUUUUUAGCUUAAUUUGUUCACCCCCACCUACAUGAAACCCUAUAAUAUCUGUGCUCAUUGUUUUACUUGAUAAAAAUUAAUUUUUAUUCUCAGAAAUGAAUUUAACUUGAGAAUCAGACGUAUAAUGGCUAGUUACUUUGUUCCUUUGAGUUUCACAGUUGCUGCUUUGUUCUUUUCUGUUCGGCUGUGUUAAUUAAUUUAUUUUACUUGAUUACCGUUUCCGUCCGCCCCCCCCCACCUUUCUAACUUCGCUUUUUUGCGCUAUUAUUGUUAUUAUUUAAUAUGGAGACAGUGAAUGAAUGAUGAUAAGGGGGGAGAAGUCAAGUGAAACACACACACACACAUUAUCUUUCCAUGUCUAAUAAGACUUUUUGUUUGGUGAAUGGUAUUUUGAAUCUCCUGCUAACCCAGCCCCGCCAAAUUAUCGAAUUCCAUCAGUAAAGGUGAUAUGGUUAUUAUUAUUAUUUCAUGUGUUUUUGGUUGGUGGGUGUAUUUAUGCGUGUAAUAUCUGCCAACUAGGCUGUUUACAUCAUCAUGACUGUUAUGUGCGUGUGUGUAUGUCUGUGAUUUUUUAAUGGUAUUUUAACAUUUUUCCUUGUUUCUUCCUAAUAUUUAAUAAAAGUUUGUCUCGUCUUCUUAUUUUAUGAAUUCUUCUCUUUGUUUUAAUCUUUUUGUAUUACUUAAAUAGUUGUUAUAAAUAGGGAUACACACCGAAAGUGUUGCAUCAUCUUUUCUCUCUGUCACUAUGGUGAAUUCCCACAAUAUAAUAGAAUGACCUUGACGUAUUGCUCUGUAUGGAAUAACAUUUGGCUCAUUCAUUGGCCUAAGAGCUUGGUAUGCCGUCGAAUGGGUCAAGGAUUCGAGUCCCCCCGGAUAUACUACUUCACCAUGGGUAGCUAACUGGGUAGUGUCACUUAUCAAAAGCCCUC